GGUCUCGAGGCGAGUUCUUCAUCGGGACCGUGCAUGCCGUCUGCGGCGGCCGCGGCUGCCAGCGGUGGCGGCGGGCCCCCAGCCCACGUGGACGUCGAUGACAUCGACGUCGACGGGAUCAAGAAGGCCCAGGAUACCGAGGUGCCCAUGGACCUCCUCCUGUGGAGCGACCACGUGCACUUUUGUAAGGUUGGGAAUAACAAGUGGAUGUUGAGGAGCAUCGAGACGUACGAGUUCCACGAGUUCGAGGCGGAGGCCGCCGAGCUUGUCCACUCGGACGACAACACGAGCAUCGCGGUUGUGAAGGUUGAUGGUAGCGCCGAUGUGAUUGACCUUGACAACCUGUUCAAGUGGAGACUGCACCGUGCGAAGGGUAGCUGGGAAUAUUUCGCCAAGGCCACUGUCGUAUACCCGACCCACACCAAGACGAUACAGAAGAGCGUCGACGACAUGUUCUCGGAUCACAGGAAGGGCAAGGUGAACGUCGCCGUCGGCUCUGGGAACGGGGAGACACAGUUCAAAGUGUUCAUCUUCAAGCGUCAUCGCCAAGGAGGGCAGCGGAUAUGGUGGGACCACAUGUCAUUGCAUAAGUACCUCAAGAUCAAGUCCUACAAGGGCAUCCCGUCGAGGUGGUGGGGUAGGGUUGGCCAUAAGUGGGACGGCAGCUUUCUGCAGAAUUUCGGUUUCGGCUCGAUAAUAUACGGCAAAGUGGUAGCGCCCCAUGCGGUCAAGAAAAUGAUGCUUCCGUUUCGCACGAGGUGCCUCGACUCGAGCUCUUUGUCGACGGCUGGACUCGUCUUCGCAGUGGCCAGGUGCGCGUAUUUGUCGCCAGAGGCUGGGGGCUUCAAGGAGGAGAGUAGCACGCGCGCUGCGACGGAGUUGAUGGACGCCUUCAUCGGUACCUUCCUGCGCAACUGCCAGGUCGAGGGUAAGGCCCCCGCCAUCACUUUGUACCUCGUUGCCGAUUGGGCGCCACCGUGGCCGUUCCCCACAGAGACGGGCACUCCCCAGGUCAACCUGGGAGUGCAUCGCGAUGGUAUCGACGUGAAGCCGCUGCACAGCUUGGCCAAUGUAUCUGGGGGGACUUCAAUUGUGACCAAGUAUUUCAGGAUGGUGGAGAGUGUCGUCGGCUCGUCCGACCAGGACGUCAUGCUCGUAUCAUGGGAGAACUUGUUCUCGAACACGGUGUCCAAGAGAUCAAGCAAGUUCUUCUCGCAGAUCGUCUACGGCCUCGCCAUGGCCGCAGAGGCCAUGGUGCUCCGCGGGGUCACGAAUAAGGACGUCGUGGACACGCUCAGCCCGAUCAACGUCUGCACGUCCACGAUGCAGGACAUGGACAGGCACGAGGUGGACUACUUUCUCGCGAAGUACGUCGCCUGCGCGAAGGACACGUUCAAGUCGCCUAUGUUCCUCAACGUCGCCAUCGACAAGGGCAACCCUGGCAACCUCCCCCUCUACGGCUCCGCGUUCACGCUCCCCAGCGGGGUGGCGGUCGUCGGGCCGCCACAGGUGGCGAGCGGCGCUGGGGCGCUGGAGUGGGCGUCAGGCAAGGAUAUCAGAUCGGCGCGGCCUGGGGGGAAGAAGAGCGAGAAUACCGACGGGGAUGCUGGGACGAUGAGGGCAAAUCGCCAUCGCGCGUGGCUCCAGAGAGGCAGGCACCAGAAGGGCCAGAGUUGGAGGCCAGCCGUGCUACGCCGAGCUGCCGCAGCAUCGUGGUGCACUGCCCUCGACAACGCCAUGAAGCAUGUGACUGAGACCGAUGGCCUUUCGUAUCUUCGGCCCGACGCCUCCGACAAGUGGCGCGACGCAAAUUGGCGGAACUGGCCUCACAUGUCGUUGCCGAUGGACCUUGGGCCUGACGGGAUGGCAGGUUGCAACGCUUUGCUUUACAAGUGGAAGUUGUAUCUGACAAGGAUCGAUGAGUUCAGCCACGGGUCGAACAACGACCUCAAGGUCUACCUGAAGGAAAUCGGCAUGUGGGACCUCGCGAUCCUCCUCUUCAUCCACUUCAGCGUGCCGUUCGGGCCUGACAAGGAGGACGGCCGAUACAGGCACCUCGAGUGCGUGGACACCAUGAGGAAGAUCUACGACGAAGAGACCUACAGGUCGGUGCCGUGCUUCCAGCACUACUGCAAUAACAUAGUCCAGGAGAUGAAGAGGGACGGCUACGAGUUCACAGGGGACGAGCCAGAUGCAGCCGUGGCUUGGAACUUCAUGAAAGAGGAGAACGGCUUCAUCCCAUUGGGGAUGCGCUUGAACUUCUGUCGGUUUUGUGAUGCUGCUGAUGGUUUCGACAGGAACUACAAGUACUGGUGGAGGCACACGUUCGAGCGCACGUGCGUCGCCUUGGAGCACGACAUGCUUGCGAAUGCGAAGCUCCAGAAGGUAGCGGUCAAGCAGGCGGAGGUGGACGGGGCGAUCGUGGAGGGGGGCGGCACUACGAGCAGCGCCAAAGUGACGAUCGACGCGAAGGUGUUGAGGUCCGCUAACGCAAACGCCGUGGCGAUAUCAGUGCUGCUGACAUCAUGCCCUCGGAACCGCCGCACAGUAGCCUGCUCGUUCGCCCCGAUGCAUUUUGUGAAGAAGUGGCAGGGGAAGAGCGUGAAGGAGAUGAAGACCGCGGAGGCGACGCAGGUGUGGAUGACCAAUCAGAUCGGAGGGGACUUCAUGGACCAUGUUAUUUCGAUUGUAAACGGCUUGAUGGACGUGCACAGCAUGGAGGGCUGCGACUUCAUUCUGAACAUGCGCGCGAUCAAGGACGCCGAUCCUGGUGAGGUCGGUGUCGAGGGCGACUUUGCCGAGCUGUACGGCAUGGCGCAUCUUUCACUUGCCACUGCCAGGAUGCGAAGGUGUUUGUUUUUGUUCGGGUGGCCCUUGAAGAUGCAGCGCGUCCUGGCCGACCCAGAGACAGGGGCGAACACGGCGCGGGAGUUCAAGCGAGACCUCGAUGUCUUCAACGAGUACUGCGCGUACAAGGGCGAUCAGAGUGCACGGUGCGUGGUCGUGAAGCGCAGCGUCUUCGGCCUGACAGCGACCAAGCAGAUCACCUUGGCGUUCCGCGAGCUCGGGUUCAAUUUUCCGCACCAGGCGAUCAAGGACAUCAUGAAAGGUCGGAGCACUGGCAUCAUGAAUACGAUUCCUGUCGAGAAGAUCAUUGGCGCCCAGAAGAAAUGCUCGCGCUUCAAGGCUUGCAAGAAGUUUCGUAGGCCAGCGACCGCCAUGCAUGCGGCCAUCUGUUGCGGCGUGAUCGACAAGCAGUUGAAGUUCACGGCCCUCGAGGCCGAUACCCCCCUUCAGGAUAAGACAGCGUCUCUGCCGCUAGAAGCCUUCAAGCCAGUGAAGAGAUCUGCUUCGAUAGCUUUCGGGGAUAUCGUGAGCACCGCCCAGAAGACCGACUACUACAGCCCAGGCCCCACCUUGGCGAACACACCGGUUGCCGACCUCAAGAUGGUUUCCGACGCGAAG